CCACCAUUGAAAGCCAUGAAUUUUGAAUUUGAGAGGGAGAUUGGGUUUAUAAACAGCCAGCCAUCGCUCGCCGAGUGCCUGACUUCCUUCCCCGCUGUCUUGGAGACAUUUCAAACUUCAUCAAUCAAGGAGUCGACAUUAAUUCCUCCUCCUCCUCUGGAGCAAACCUUCCCCAGCCUCCAGCCCGGCGCCUCCACCCUCCCGAGACCCGGGAGCCAAAAGCAAGCCGAAGAUGGGCCUGCUCUGCGGCCACGGCAACCACUCCCCGCCGCCCCCGCAGCCCCCGAGUUCCCUUGGAUGAAAGAGAAGAAAUCCGCCAAGAAACCCAGCCAAUCCGCCACUUCCUCUUCUCCAGCCGUCUCCUCGGUCCGGGCCUCCGGGGUCGGUACCCCUUCAGAUGGUCCGGGAUUGCCGGAGAGCGGCGGCGGCUCACGCAGACUGCGCACGGCCUACACCAACACACAGCUGCUGGAGCUGGAGAAGGAGUUCCAUUUCAACAAGUACCUGUGUCGGCCGCGGCGCGUUGAGAUUGCCGCCUUGCUGGACCUCACCGAAAGGCAGGUCAAAGUCUGGUUCCAGAACCGACGAAUGAAACACAAGCGGCAGACGCAGCACCGAGAGCCGCCGGAUGGGGAGCUAAGCGGGCCGAGCGCCACGGACGACGCUGUAGACCCAGCGGAGGAGCCCGCGGUCAGCCCGGGAGGCGCCUCUGCUUCUCACCGACUGCGGGAAACCUGCUUCCUCCCCGCCGAGGCUGCGCAGGUGUCCCGGGGAGCACCGCCACUCCUGCCUCCGGCUACUCCCCUGGAGAGUGUGAACGCACUGAGCCCGGGCUGCAGGGUGCUCAGAGCCGGGGGCCUGCAGCCCGAGCCCCUGCCCGAAGACUCCUGUCCCGAACGGCAGGAUUCGCCUUUCCUGCCCGACCUCAACUUUUUCGCUGCAGACUCCUGCCUCCAGAUGUCCGGGGGCCUUUCUCCCAGCCUGCAGGGCUCGCUGGACAGCCCCGUGCCCUUUUCCGAGGAAGAGCUAGACUUCUUCACCAGCACGCUUUGUGCCAUCGACUUGCAGUUUCCCUAACCGUUUUUUUCCCUCGAUCAUUUCCACCUGGCCCUCCUUGGCUAUUGUGGGGGGCACGGGGGGGUGGGGGAGGGAAGGAAUCGAGCCCUCUCCACCCCUAGUCACAUUUAUGUUUUGUUAAAAUUCAGGUAUUAACGAAUUAGCUCUGAAUCCGCCCCUUUUCACUUUUUAAAACCACACAGAAAAUUCCAUUAGGUAAAACUCCUUCCAACGAAAUCUCAGGAAUAAUUAACUUCUAGCGGGGGAGGGUUUCUUAAAAAGAACUAGACGGACCUAUUUUCCUCUUUUUUUUUUUUAAGUUUUAGAUUGUAGAUUAUUUAUUAAAAUUGUUUAAUAAUAGGAAAGGGGAAAGUAUUUAUUGUACAUUAUUUUCAUAGAGUAAAUAAAUGUCUUUAUAAUAUGAAAACGAGUGUUUGUGCUGGGAUCCAACUCUUUUCCCAAGUCCCUAAGGCCGGUCUUCGCUUUUUCCAGGCCCCAUUUGAGGCUGGUCUGCCUCAAGAGACCUUAGCCCGAGUCCUGGUUCCAUCUCCGGGGCUGGCAAAGUCCGGG